UCGCUCAUGUCGAUCAUCACCAUUAUAUAUCACGCGCUUUGAGAAAGCCGUUAGCCGCGCUCUGUUGUCGACAGGUUAAGCGCUAACCAGUGCCUAUAUACUGUCCAGUCCGCGUGUCACAAGCACAAGCACUGCAGAGAAGAGCGCCGAGAUGACACAUGCACGAAUUCGCAAGCUGCGCGGCGAGCUUGUGCGACGCAGUGUUCCGACUGAAAUCGUCUGGCGAGUCGUGCAGCAAGACCCGCGGAAUAUAGGUUUCUCCCUCCUCUCCUUAUUUUUCCACUCUUCUCCCGCUUCCUUUUGAUUCUUUGCUCUGCUCUCUGCUCUCUGCUCUCUGCUCUCAGCUGCAGAGCACCGACGGACUGUAUUGUAAGGAGCGAGCGAUACACCACACUGCCUCUCGCUCCAACUGUGCAGUCUCUGUGUGUUUAUGUGUAUAUUCGCGAUACUCGCGUAUUAUCCUCUAGAAGCGCGAACAGGCAAUGGCGAAUACAAACUCGACUCGACGCAAGAGAGCUGGGAAAAGAAACUAGGGAGGAGGGAGCUUGCAGUGCGCGUGCUUGCGGCGGUCGCUGAGCUUUGACGCAGUCGCGUUCGCCUCUCUCCGGAGAACUUCGCCUGUGUGUCGGUGUGUCGGUGUGUGCGCGCGCUACUUGUGAAUGCCCGAGGCUUUAUCUAUAGACAUACACGCGAGAAAGAGUGUAGCCACCGUGUUUGUCCCCCCGUAUAAGCUUGGCACCUUAAAUUAAUCAUUUUUAUCUCCGGAGCUUGCGCGAUCUCGUGCGUCAAACCCUUGUCUAAAGCCGCCUCGUAUACGUCUUUCUACAUCCAUCUAUCUCUCUCUCCCUCUCUCCCCUACUGCGCGGCUGAUUUAUUUACUGCUGGGCUUGAUGUUCAUGCCUCAUUAGCGCAACUUUGCAUCAUUAUGUAACCGAUAUGCUACUACUGUGCACAUCAUCGCAUAUUCCUGGAAACGAGAUUUUAAUAAUAACCGCAGGCGCGCGAGGAAAUGACUUCGCGAGCGAGCGCGUAGGGGCACUUUUCUGGAUCGGAAAUCUCGUUCAAGGUCGGCUACUGCGCUUUACAUUUUGCCGGUGAUUUAUUUCCGUGACUCAAGGUGUAUUUGCCGCUGUGAUCAACAACGCAGCAGUCGUCGUCGUCGUCGACGACGCGCGAGGUGGAUCAACUUUCGAUCGGAUUCGCAUCAACGUCAUAACUCUCUGGCAUGUGUGUGUUUGUGCGCUUGUUGUUAUUGUUGCUGUAUUUUUACAGGCGAGACAGAGAGAGAGAGAGAGAGAGACAGUCGAUAUUUACUUUAUCGUGUGCGGCGGUUUUAUUGCAAUGCCGCGAUGAAGUACAGCGGUGAUUCUAGGCCAUCAGGCAUUUUCACUCUUUCUAGGCCAAGUUCGUUGUAUACGCGCGUUUCGUAAAAUAAUACAUUUUUACUUUAAUAUUUUAUCAACGAUUCAUGGUGCAAUCGGGCCGAACGAAGUAUCAAGUCAAGAGUUUCGUCUUGGAUUUAGCUGCAUUUUUUUCAGAAUUGUGGGGCCCCUGCCUACCUCGGGGCCUCGGGCCAGGGCCCUGCGGGCCCUGCCUUAAAGACGGCACUGGCUAAAUCGGUGUCGGUCACGUGCGGCUGCAGCAGACAAAGCGAAUUCAACGGAGCUGGCAGAGAGAGAGAGAGAGCGACGCGCGCGAGCGAAAUUCGGUGCUGCCGCGGCGACGGUCUGCUGGCUAGCGCGAGGGACGUCGCUGCAGUACGUCGUCGAACGGCGUGGCGCUCUCACGUGCCUCCGAGAAAAAGCUCGUCGUUUUUCUAUACCGAAGAGUGAAUAGUAUAGACCCUUGGAGGGUAUACUAAGUGCGCGCGCGGGCUCAAGUGCGACAUGCGAUAUUAUCGGCCGUUAUCAUCACGACGAGCGCAACGUUAACGAGAAAUAGACACGAGAUGAUGAGCUUGGAGCUUUCGAGGACCGUCGCACAUCUGGCGGCCGCGAACGAGCAGCUUGCCGCGGCGCACAACAUCAGCCUCGGCCAGCUCAACCGACUGCUGCUCUCCGCUCCUGACCCGGCUGCCGCUUGCACCAAGUGCAAGGCGCGCGGCACGGUAGCGGCGAACAAGCAGGCGAGGAGGUGGCGAAAGCCAAUAACGACGAAAAAGACGAGCAAAAUCGAGAUGGGCCUGAGGCGAGAGAUCCAAGGCUUGACGACUCGCAUGGACGAGUCUCGAGCGACAAACGAAAGACUGGCGAACGACUUGGAGGAGCAAAGACUGCUGACCGAGCGGCUGACCCGCGACAUCGGGGAGAUGUCGACGAGGGCCGAGCGCAGCCGAGAGCCAAUUAGUGGCAGUAGCAGCGAGAGCGUCGAGGAGCUGAGGAGUCAACUGGUGUUGAAGCGCGAGGCUCGCCAGCGGGCCAUCGCCAACAUCUCCUCGGAGAUGGACCGGCUGAGGCGCGAACUCGAGUCCGAGAAGUCGGCCCACGAGCAAACGAGGAAGACGCUGGAGGAGCUCCAGCAGGCCAAGAGCACCGAGCGGCUCGCCGACGACAACUGCGGGUGCAGUGCCUCCGAACGGCUGGAAGCCUCCAGGCUCGCGGACCUGCUAAAGACGUCGGAGCAAGCGAUGAGCGAGCUCUGGCUGCAGGUGGAGCGAACGGACGACCUGCGCUUCCAGCUGGAGAGCGGCCCGGACACGGAGGAGCGCCUGGCCCGCAGCGUCGGCUCGCUGAAGCGGCUCUCGGAGGAGACGCGCGCGAGCCUCGAGUUGCGUAAGCAGCAGGUGAACCUGCUGAAAGACCGACUGGCCCAGCUGGUGGUGAGACUCGCCGAACCCUGCGACGAGCCCUGGGGAGAGCUCAAAGAGGAGCUCGACCGCCAGGGCGCCGACGUCGCCCGAUCCCGGCAGCUGUCGGACGAGCGCGCGCGCAUCCUGGCCGAGCUGAGGGAGCACUCGUUCCGCCAACUGCACGAGCUGAAACUGAAGCUGGAGAACUGCCGCAAGGAGAACCAGAGCCUCGACGAGGAGCUGAGCCGCAACCAGGACAAGAUGGACGGACAGGCCGCGGACAUCCUGAACCUCGAGUCCCAGCUGGGCCUGGCCAAGGCCGACUGCCGUGACCUGCAGAACCAGAUGUCUCUGAUCAACGGCCUCUUCAGCCAGAUGCUGCUCGGCGCCUCGUCCGCCCAGAUGGACCUGGACCGACUGACUCGACUGCUCCAGGAGAACCACGACCUCAUCAGCGGCAUCGCCAAGGAGAACGGCGCCGAAGCCGCGGCUCUGCCCAAGCUACUGCUCGACAUCAUCGAGCAGGUCGACGCCGUGGGCGAGGAGUCCGCGGACGACGAGAGGGUGCAGGAACUCGAGCAGCAGGGUCAGAGCAUCGCCGACAACCUGCCGAAAGUCUGGCGAGUCCUGCUCGAGCUGCUCAGCUGUCACGCUGGGGGGGAACAGGCGAUCGAGGAACCGACGCCGGAUAGCUGCUACAAGUCCGUCGACACGCCCAAGGGUCCGAGGCUCGUCAUAUCCGUCAGCAAGACGUACAUUCGACUGAAAGAGCUCAUUCUCGAGAAGAAGCACCUCGAGAAGGAGAUGAACCGAAUGAAGCAACUCAACACCCACCUCGAGGGCAAGCUGUCCCAACAGGAGAAGAGACUGUCCACCGUCUCGGACGAGCUCAGCGAGACGUGGAACGUGGUCAGCCGCAUGCAAGCCCAGCACCAGCAGCUGCACACGCACGAGAAGAUUCUGAGAUACGAGCUCCAGCAAAAAAGGAAAAUGCUGCAGGAGCUGAAGCAGGAACUCGAGUACUGCCGAGAGAAGUGGGAGUCGGCGAGGCAGAAAAACACAAACACGGAAAUCGAGUGGAGGAGUCUGAGGAGAGAAUUCGCCGCGCGCAAAGCCGCCGCUACUCACAGUGACUCCUUUAAUAAUAGCGCUGAAAGUGGAUUCAGCGACGAGAGGGAGGACGAGGAGGAGGACGACGACUCCGACGAGGAGGUCCAGUCGUCGAGAGUUCGAAUGAACCCCCGAAGGCGAACCACGAGAAAAGAUGGCUCAAGGCCAGUUACAGUACCUGACACGGAAUCCGAGCAGCCGACGGACACCGAGCUCUCCGAGCCGAAGACAGCCUCGUGUUCGACGUCCGGACAGCGAAGCCCCUCACCCGAGACCGAGCCCGAACUGGAAAACUGCGAGGUGACCGAGGUGACCGAAGCGACCGAAGCAACGACGGAAUGCUUGCAGCUCGAAAAUAACUCCGUAUCUCAGGACUCGCCGAGCACGAGCGAAACGCUCGAUCCGCUGGAUAAAGCGCUGACCAACGUCAUCCAGAAUCUCAUCUCCAGCACCGAGUCCGAGCACGCCGAUGAUUCUCCAGAUAAGCAGACGCUCGCGCCACAGCCGACUCCGAUCGUAUCGGUCUUCAGUAUCGGUCCGAUUCCCUCCGAUAAGACCAACUUGCCGGUCAAGAACGUGCAAUUCGGCAAUCCACUUGUCAUAGGUCCCUCGAACGAUUCUCCGAGCGCUGCAACAGAAGAUAAGCCAGUUAGCGACACAUCAGCCGUGGCAUCGACUAAUUCAAGCUCGUCGGAGCACGAGAGCCGUCUCGACGCUCGGGCCGAGCGGCUGCGAAACUUGGAGGCGCAAGCCGAGUGGCUGGUGAAAAAGGUCAGCGACACCAACCGACGGGGCUCCGCUUUGAACUCGAGGCUCGAGGAGCUGCACGAGACUUACGGAUCGACGCCGGCGGCUCCGCCGAUGCCGGACGUUCUGCCCGCGUUUCGACUGCGGACUCAACUCGAGGAGGACAAUGACAGUGCCGCCGCUGAGCCGGAAUAAAGACGAGCUGCUCGUCGACUACAUCUCUCCAUCUUGUUCGUUCCUGUACCAUUUCGUUAUCGACUCUUAACUUAUUGCCGUACCUUGUAAGAUGAUUUCCUGCUUGAAAUUCCACUUUCUUUUUUAUUCAUUUUUUAAUCGUCUUCCGGAUUAACUACCAUCACUUGAAUGUUGUAAUUUGGACAUUUAUAUAUGCAUCUGGUAUUUGAAAUAAUUAUUCGUGAAUUUUUUAUCUACGUGGAUAUUAUAUUGAAAUAAAUGAUGAAAUUUGAGAAAUCGAUGCGCGAGUACUACGGGUUUAUUGUUCUCUGCGUGAAAAAUAAUGGUAAGCGGGUGUUUAUUCGAA